AUGGCUUCUGUUCUCCAAAAACUUCUACGGAAGUCAUCUUCUGCAAGAAUUGCCACUGUUCUGAGCAACUGUCAAGCCCCAAACUUUUCUGCUCCUCUCGCUUUCUAUCAGCCCCAUGUCGCGGAAACCACAUCAAACCAUGACUGCACAAGCAAUCUCACCCCCCUUUCGCGUUCCCGCAAAACAGAUGAGCUAAGCCCUUCUCAGUCCUUGAGGGUUUAUCCGAGCUUCUCAAUUGGGUAUUUUUUGAACCCAAUUUCUUCGAGUGGGUUGCUUCAAUCGAAGCCGGACGACGUUGUUUCGGAUGGGUUGCCGACGAUUUGGGCCGAUAGCGUCAAGAAGAAGAGGAAGAAGAAGAUGAACAAGCAUAAGUACAAGAAGCUCAGGAAGCGUCUCCGCCAGAAAUCUUAG